AUGCAUUUGAAGAACAUAAUUGGGGUUGUCGCAGCCUUUAUGGGCGCGUUGGCCUGGGCUGCCCCAAUCAGCAGUGUCGACGAUGCUGCUGCACCCGAUGGAAUGAACCAGAAGAGAGGAUGCUGCUGGAGCGAGUGGACCAAAGGGGACGAUGACCCUUUCGAAGAAGCUAUUGCUGCAGCAGAGGCAGAUGGAAAAGAUGAUGAGUAG